GACAGUGGAGGGGAGAUGGUCUGUACCAUUUGCCAGGAUGAGAGCUCAGAGCCCCCCAAUGAAAUGGUCAUCUGCGACAAAUGUGGACAAGGAUACCAUCAGCUUUGCCACGCUCCCAUCAUCGAGUCCAGUGUGAUUGAAUCUGAUGACAAGUGGCUCUGCCGACAGUGCGUGUUUGCCACCACAACAAAGAGAGGUGGUGCAUUGAAGAAGGGGCCAAACGCCAAAGCCUUACAAGAGAUGAAACAGUCACUGCCCUACGCUUUGGAAGAUUUGGUUUGGGAUCAGGGCCACAAGACUAAUGUCCAGCAGUGCUACUGUUAUUGUGGAGGACCUGGAGACUGGUAUCUGAAAAUGUUGCAGUGUAGCAGGUGUAAACAGUGGUUUCAUGAGGCAUGCAUACAGUGUUUUCAGAAGCCAAUGCUCUAUGGAGACAGGUUCUAUCUAUUUAUUUGUUCAGUUUGCAAUAGUGGACCAGAGUACCUCAAACGACUGCCUUUGAGAUGGGUAGAUGUCGCACACCUGAGCCUCUACAACCUGAGUGUCAUUCAUAAGAAGAAGUACUUUGAUUCAGAGCUCGAGCUGAUGACUUACAUCAAUGAUAACUGGGACCGGCUACAGCUUGGAGAGCUUGCAGACACCCCCAAAUCAGAACGAUAUGAAAACAUUCUUGAAGCACUUAACAGCAACCUCAACAUGUUCAUGUCCGGCAAGGAGAUAAAGAAAAAGAAGCACCUGUUUGGCUUACGAAUCCGAUUCCCCCCCGCGCCCCAAAGCUCAGAGCUGCUGGCCGACAGGGAACAGGAGAGGGCCUCUCACGAAAUCAAGAUCAAAGGCAGGAAGUCCAGCAAACCCCUGCACACAGCCAGUGCGGUUACCAAUGGUGUAGUAAAGAAGAAGAAGCGGAAACGUGGCACUCACUCUUUGGAGACGCUGGCUAAGCUGAGGCGAUCAAACGAACUUCUGGUACAGAAUAAUGUGAAGUUGCCACCACUGGACAAUAACGGUUUGGACACAGUGGCCUCGAAAAGUAUCAGAAGUGACAAGUCUAUGCCAUCAUCAAGUACCUCAGAUGUGGACUCCAUCAGUGCCACUAGCACCUCAGAAACUACCUCAACAAGCAUUUCAAGGCAGUCAAGUCUGAGCAGCCCCAGCAGAACGCGAACGAUUCGCCCGUGCCCCGUCGCCCAGCCUCCAAUUAAAAGGCGAAGAGGGCGACCGCGGCGAGCCCUUCAGCCCCCCAACCCAGAGAUCCCUCCGCCCUGUGACACGGAGCCGCUCCCCAACCCCAGUGUCCAAGAGCCAAGCCCCCUGCCGCGGCUUCACACCACGGACAUACUGCAGGGCCUGGACCCCGACGCCCAGCUCAGCCACCUCAAGAGCUCCAUCAGCAGCUACUUUGGGGCGGCCGGACGGAUGGCUUGCGGGGAGAAGUACCGCGUACUCGCCCGCCGCGUCACCAUGGAUGGCAAAGUGCAGUACCUGGUGGAGUGGGAGGGAGUCACUGCAUCGUGA